AUGUCCCGAGAGAUGUCGCUUGAGGCGACACUGGCGGCGGCGGUGGCGAGGCGGCAGCGCGAUGGCACUGUGAGAUCACUGCGUGUCUUGCCUGCAUCCAAUGUCGACUUUUGCUCCAACGAUUACCUCGGUCUCAGUCGCAAUCCUGCGCUCACACUCGCUCAGAACCCAGCGUCACCCCAUGGAUCUACGGGGUCGCGCUUGAUCACAGGCACUUCCAGCACCCAUGUCCAAGUCGAAGCGGAACUGGCCGCCUUCUACGGAGCUGAAUCCGCUCUCGUAUUCAACUCGGGGUACCUUGCGAAUCUGAGCGUCAUGUCAUGCGUACCGCAAGACGGCGACGUCGUGUUGUACGACAAUCUGGUCCACAAUUCGUGCCGCGAAGGGCUCCGAUUGAGCCGCGCGACGGCUCUUGGCUUCCGACACAACGACAUGACACAUUUAGAGGCUCUUCUUCGAGCGCAGUCUUCAUCUUCGCGUCACGUGUUGGUGGUCGUCGAGAGCAUCUACUCGAUGGACGGCGACGUUGCUCCCAUUCAAACUCUGGUGGAGCUAUGCGAAUCCUACGGCGCCUCGUUGGUCGUCGACGAAGCGCACAGUACGGCGGUGUUGGGUCCUGGUGGCGCGGGCCUCGUCCGAGCUUUAGGCCUGGAACGCCGAGUGUUUUGCUCAGUGUACACGUUUGGCAAAGGGAUGGGCAUUCAUGGAGCUGUAGUGUGUGGGUCUGCCACGCUCAAGUCGUACUUGGUCAACUACGCCCGUCCCUUCGUCUACAGCACGUCGUUGCCCCCCCAUGACAUGCGUCUGAUCCGCCGCGCCCAUCAAGUCUGCGCCGCCGCCGACGCCCCCCGCGAUACCCUCCAGUCGUUGAUUGGUCAUUUCCGAGCACAAGUAGAAUCCUCAUCAUGUAUUCCCAAGGCGGCGCUCCUGCCCAGCACCACCGCUAUCCAAGGCAUCGUCGUGCGCGGGAACGAGGAGGCGCUCCAAGCCGCGGCCUUCCUCACCGAUCAAGGGUUCAAUGUCGUGGCCAUUCGAGCGCCGACCGUGCCAGUGAACGAAGAGCGACUGCGCAUCAUCAUCCAUGCGUUCAAUUCUAGGCAAGAGAUCGACUCCCUUGUGGACGCCGUUGGCAGAUACUUUCAACACCAUCAUGCUCGACAAUGCGCGUUGUAGGAACAACAGAUAACGCAAUGUGUUGAGAUACCUUGCAAGC